AUGGCAUCCAAUUCCUUCUCCAAAGCCUUCAUCUGGGCUACCGUGCUCUGGAGCACUCCUACGAAGACGGUUGUCACCCCUGAGAUGACCAAAAGCCGGGCAGCUUCCACGGCCACUCCUGCACCAGAGACCCAAACCGCAGAAGACAAACAUGAGCCCUCCACUUCAACCGUACCCACGAAACUUGGCACUCCCUAUGCCACCUCUAUCAACCUCGCUAACACCAGCGCCUUCCGACUGCCGCCAUCCCCACCGCCCGAUCUCGACCGCGGCCGGCUACAGGCCCUCUAUUUCCCAACGCCCAAAUUGCCGCUCCCAACCACCCAAGACUACUCCCUUGCCCGCCAGGGCUAUUCGCCCACGUACCCAUAUUGCGAUCCCUCCAACCCCCGUUACGACCCCGCCGACCCGCUCCUCACUUCCCCUUGGCGCACGCACGGCGCUGCUUCUUCUGCAGUCUACGACCCCGCCAGCCCGCGGUUCUCCCCAACGUCGCUCCCUCCGCGGCCUCAGCGGGAGCGGGGGACGCAGCGUACAUUUCAGCCCCGCGACGACGCGGAUGAGGACAUGUCCUCGCCCACGUAA